GUGGUUCAUCGACGGAUUAGGUAUCGAUGAAAUAAAGACGACGUAAUUGGGCACAUAAUUAACAUCAUGCAAACAUUUGUAAAACUUGCAUUUUGCAUAAUACUGUCGUAUCUUUUUAUGACGGCUGUUCGAGCACGGGCAUGGAAAGACACAGAACAACUGUAUUGCAAUGUCAAGGGGCAGGUUCCAACGGCUCAUUUUGACUUCACCACUUUAGCCGCAGAAGAACGUUUAAUUCAAGACAAAGAAUUUGGUGAUAGGUUGAGACUAAGUUUAUGCACUCCGUUGAAGGGACUGUGUAACAAUGUGUCUGGCUACAGGGUUUGUGUGACUAAAGGGGACACUGAAAUUGGCCUAGGCUCUGUAUCACCUGAUCCCAUGAAUGUAGAUAACGAUAAAUUGGAAUUCGUGUUUGGAGGGCCAGUUUGCAAAGGUGAUGAGCACUAUUCUGUCCACGUGAUUAUGUUAUGUAGCAACGAACCUGACCAUGACAAUGAGCCUGAACUGAUUCCACGGACAAACGCCAGUGAUUGUACUUAUCACAUUGUGUGGAAGAACAAAGUAGUCUGUGGUUCUGACAAAACAGUUGAUUGCACUGCGAUUGGAAGUGCUGGCGAGCAUUACAAUCUCAGUCCGCUCAUGAUGAGAUCAGAUAAUUAUGUAAUUCCUGUAAUGGGUAAACCAGAAUCUGAGAUUAUUCUUAACGUUUGCCAUUCCAUAGUCUACAACUAUAAUGCAAAAUGUCAUCCACAUGCGGGAGCAUGCUGGAAGGAACGCAAAGUCGAAUCUUACAAUUGGAAAAAUAUCGGAGAAGUUGAAUCUCCCAAAUUUGACAACAAAACCAAAGCACUUACUCUGACCUAUGGUAAGGGACCGAUCUGCAUGAAGCGCUCAAAGCUUGAUAUGGAAACAGAAAUAACUUUCAUAUGUGAUCAUAAUGCAACGAUGAGUCUGCCAAUUUAUGUGGGUGAAAUCAAUGACUGCCAACACCGACUCAUUUGGAAAACCUCUGCUGCUUGCAGUAUUGAAUCUUUGACAAACCAAAGUCGUGUAACUGCUGGUACCUGUAAAGUCACCGAUCCUGUUACUAAUAUAGAAAACGAUUUGCGUGAGCUGAUGCACAAGGAUUAUCGUAGUAAAAUGAAUAACGACAUCGAAUACAGCUUUCAAGUAUGUGGAUCGAUUUCCGAUGGUUCCUGUGCGAAUGAUGCAGGUGGAUGCAUCGUGAAUAAUAAAACAUCAACGGGCUUGGCUAACACAAAUUUGAUGUGGAGACAAGGUGGCCCGUAUUUGAAUUACACGAAUGGUGCGGACUGCGGCAAAGGUCAACGUCGUUAUACAUUGAUCGGUUUUUUUUGCGGCGCUGAACGAUCGACAAACGGUCCUACAAUCAUAGAAAAUGAUGGUUGCGCUUUAAUUAUUCAUUGGAACACGCCGUUAGUUUGUCAAAAGCAGAUAACGUGCGAGACGGAGGAGGGUGGAAUUGCUUUACACUCUUUGAUAAAAAGAACCGACAAUUACAUGAUUAAAGUGAACGACACCGAGUUUCACAUAAACAUUUGUCGUCCUCUCAUUCCUAAACCGUACCUCACGUGUUCACACGGUAGUUCUGCAUGUCGCGUUAAGCCUGAAACGGAUGGGAAAUUCAGUGACGAAACUAAUCUCGGUUAUUCCGACAAAAAUCCGUUUUUUGACGAUAAAAAAAAUGUUAUUUUACGAUACACCGGUGGUUCAGUGUGCUCAGAGGAUAAAGCAAAAAAUAUUUCUUCCAAUUUUACGUUCCUUUGUAAUCUUACGAGCGGUGUGGGUGCGCCGAUAUACAAGUAUUAUGACAACUGUACAUACGCGUUUGAGUGGACGACCAGCAUAGUUUGCCCAACCGAAAGUGGAAUAUUGGAAAAAAAUUGCACAAUUUUCAAUCCUCAUUCAUCCCAGAGAAUGAAUCUACGAGCAUUAAACAAAAGUAUUUAUAGUAUAAAUCAGUCGGGUGAAGAGUACAAAAUAAAUUUAUGCAGCGGGAAAAGUGAUUGCCAUGGUUCAGCGAUUUGCGCGAGUGGUAAUGGCUAUGGUACCACGUCAACAGUGAUUUUCGAUUAUAAUCGAAAUGUGAUAAACCUUAAAUUCUCAAACGGCGAUCAGUGCCAAACUGGUCGAUACUCGUCGGAAGUGUAUUUCAUUUGUGACGAAACUGCGGGAGUUGGAGAACCGAGGAUUAUUGGGGGCUUCCCCUUCAUAUGGGUCAUCAUGACAUCAAAGACGCAAAAUGCUUAUGAAGCAUGUUUGCAAUAUGUAAAAACACAUAUUCUGCAUGCGCAUAACAUUCUUCUUGUGAUGAGCGACUUUGAACGCGCAUUGCGGAAUGCUGUUUUGAAAGCAUUUCCAACCGCUCUAAGUACGGGUUGUAAUACCCAUCACGAUCGUGCGAUAUAUAAGAAAGCCAGGGCCCUCCAUCUUCAAAAUUUAUUUCGGACCAACGCAGAAGCCAAAAGUUUUUUCAAAAAACUUUUGGCUCUGGCGUAUUUGCCUGCUGAUCAUAUUGCCAACCAAUUCGAAACUAUCAAGAAUAGUUUAACACCGACAGUCCGAAGACAGCUGAACCCACUAUGCGACUAUUACGCCCGGUAUUGGCUAGGAAUUGUCAAGCCAGAGGGCUUUAGCGUCUAUGGGCUUAGCUGUCGGACGAACAAUAUCGUGGAGUCUUAUCACAGCAGACUUAAGCACAGGAUAGAAGCUCGCCCUGGUCCUUGGGACUUUGUUUGCAAGCUACUCAAACUACAAGCCAACGUUCGAUCGGACAUCGAACACUUAAAAAACAAUGUACCGAUCGGCAGGCACGCACGUUAUUCGACAGUCUUCAAGCAAAAGAAAUUGAUAAAAGCGUGGCGUGAGCUACACAUGCUUGAAAUUACGGUGAAUGAAUUCAUCGAAAAGGCAGCGGCUUUAAAAGGCAAUAUCGAAAUAAUCAUGGCUAAUCACGAAGAUAUGCAAGAAAAUGACGAGGCUCAUGAACAUGAGCUGCAGGAAACUCCAUCGGUCAAUCCAUUAGAUCCAGAUUUCGAGCGAGAAAUAUUCUCUGAGGAACCACCACGAUGGCUCCUGGACAAUUCCAUAACUUUUCAAGAAAAUGAACAAGUUAUGCCGAUUGUGAUCGAUGACGACUCGGACGCUUCGUCACUUGUUUCUAAUGCCAACAAUGAAGAUGUGGGAAAUUUGCUUCUGGGUGAUGAAGAACGGAGGACAUUCCCACAACCCAACAUAAUUGAAAACCAGCCGAUUGUGAUCGACGACGACUCGGACGCUUCGUCACUUGUUUUUAAUGCCAACAAUGAAGAUGUGGGAAAUUUGCUUCUAGGUGAUGAAGAACGGAGGACAUUCCCACAACCCAACAUAAUUGAAAACCAGCCGAUUGUGAUCGACGACGACUCGAACGCUUCGUCACUUGUUUUUAAUGCCAACAAUGAAGAUGUGGGAAAUUUGAGUGAGGAAGAACGGAGGACAUUCCCACAACCCAACAUAAUUCAAAAUCAGCCGAUUUUAAUCGACGACGACUCGGACGCUUCGUCACUUGACAGGAAUGCAAAUCCGCUUCCAAGGCAAAGGAGAGAGGAAAUUACUCCAGACCCUCCAACCUCUUCGACAACACAGGCGUUGAAGAAGCAAAAACGCAACAAGCGUCGAAAAGAUAUGAGAAGAAGAGCGAUUGUACGAAGACAAGAUGGUUCAAAUUCGGGAAAUAUCGAACUUGGGCAGCAGUUAAGUACAGCAGGGAACCGGCUCCAAAAUAUGCAGAACAAUGUCUGCAAGGUGUGUCUAUUGACAUCGGCAACUCACAUUUACUGGCCGUGUGGGCAUUGCUGCUGCUGCUCUACGUGCGCAGACAUACUGUGGAACGAGUAUCGCGAACGGCGCUGCCCAAUAUGUCGGACAGUAGCGUCCGAAGCCCCUCGGAGGGUGUUUCAACCAGAGGAUUUUUAAAAAAUAUAAAAAAUAAAUGCCUUUCCCAAGUU